GGUUGGGCCUCCAGUUCUCUGGCUCCCCAGCCUUCGGUCACUUCACCAGCUCUGCUCUCUUUUGGCAUCAUGUCUAUGCGGACGCUACCGCUGCUCUUCUUGAACUUGGGUGGGGAGAUGCUUUACAUCCUGGACCAGCGGCUGCGGGCCCAGAACAUCCCGGGAGACAAGGCCCGCAGAGUUCUUCAUGACAUCAUCUUAACCAUGUUCAAUAAAAACUUUAUAGAGGAAUUGUUCAAACCGCAAGAGCUCUACUCCAAGAAGGCCCUGAGGACUAUCUAUGACCGCCUGGCCCAUGCCUCCAUUAUGAGACUGAACCAGGCCAGCAUGGAUAAGCUCUAUGACCUGAUGACUAUGGCUUUGAAAUAUCAAGUAUUGCUGUGUCCCCGUCCCAAGGAUGUGUUGCUGGUCACUUUCAAUCAUUUAGAUGCCAUCAAGGGAUUCAUCCAAGACAACCCAGCCCUCGUGCAUCUAGUGGAUGAGACUUUCCGGCAGCUGUUUGAAGUAUAUGGGGGUCUCUCUGCGGGGGAGUUCCAGCUGAUCCGGCAGACGCUCCUCACCUUCUUCCAGGACCUGCAUAUCCGGGUGUCCAUAUUUCUAAAGGACAAAGUUCAGAAUUCUAAUGGUCGCUUUGUGUUGCCAGUGUCUGGGCCUGUUCCCUGGGGAACUGAGGUUCCCGGACUCAUCAGAAUGUUCAACAACAAAGGCGAAGAAGUGAAGAGGGUAGAAUUCCAGCACGGGGGAGACUACGUCACUGCACCAAAGGAAGGUUCUUUUGAAUUGUAUGGCGACCGCGUGCUGAAACUGGGAACUAACAUGUACAGUGUGAACCGGCCUGUGGAAACCCACACAUCUGGGGCAUCGAAGAACUUAGCUUCACAGACGCAGCAAAACAUUGCUCCAAACCCUCUUGCUAAAGAAGAGCUGAAUUUCUUGGCCAAGCUGAUGGGAGGAAUGGAGAUUAAGAAACCCAGUGGCUCUGAGCCAGGAUUCCGGCUGAAUCUCUUUACCACCGAUGAAGAGGAGGAACAAGCAGCGCUCACCAGGCCAGAAGAGUUAGCCCACGAAGUUGUCAACAUACAAGCUACUCAGGACCAGCAAAGGAACCAAGAGCUGGCUCGGAUCAUGGGGGAGUUCGAGGUCACGGACCAGCCAAGAUGGAGUGCCAGCAAGGGAGACGAUUUGCUGGCCAUGAUGGAUGAGUUAUAGCGGUGCUGACCAGGCACUCCCCUCCCACGCUGGAGAGGCUGCCUGAUGAGGACCCCGGGGGAUGCCCAGGAAGCAAAAGGAUGCUGCUAGUUUUCCACUGAGUGAAGCUGUUACCUCGUGUUCCUGUUUAUGUUGGAAUGAAUUGCGCAAGUCUCUCUCAGGGAGCACACUCUCUGGAAGGCACACACAUACACAUAAUUUCAGCAAAAUAUAUUCAGGCUUUCAAAUUGGACCUUUCCCACUUCCUUCCGAUUUUAUGACAACCAGCCGAAGCAUCCUGGGCCAUUAGGUUCAAGACUCAGAGUUGGGAAGGGGCGUUCCCAUUGCCGCCUGGAGUGGCAGCUUUGCUGUGGGGGCCUACAGCUCACAGAUGCCUGCCAGUCGUCACAGAACUUCAGGGCUUUCUGGGACGUGUUCUGCCUUGGGAGUCUGGGAUACAUGGAAAAGGCAGUUGCCUCAAACAGUGGGGCCCCAGUUUAGACAGCCCUCCUCUCCCUGGCACCCCGGGAACUGUAACCUCAGAGGCAGAGGGAGCAAAGCUGUGUGACAGGAACACUCAGCUGGGUC